GUUUGUGAGUCUGUUAGGCAGGCAAAAGACAGCUGAUCCAAUCAUCGUGUGUACAGCCAUAAGAAAUUGUGAAUAAGACAGAGAAUACCGAAUGCUAAAGAAGAAGAGCAAAGCGCGAGUUUCUUGUGAAUGAGAGGAAUAGCAGCCGACGCCAACUGGCCUCAAGUAACAAAUACAUAUUUCCCACAAAUUCGAAUCAAAUAUUAAAAGCACCACAAUAUGGGCAAGGAAAAGGCUGGCAAACAGUUCAACAUUGGCGACUUGGUGUUCGCCAAAGUGAAGGGCUAUCCAGCAUGGCCAGCAAAGAUCACCAAGUACAACAGCAAAAAAUACAAUGUUUACUUUUACGGCACGGGCGAGACGGCCAACAUUAAAUUGGAAGAUCUCUUUACCUAUGCGGACAACAAGGAAAAGUUUGCCCAUCCCAAGAACAUGAAGCGGGCCAAAUUCAGCGAAGCCAUCGAUCAAAUUGAGAGCGCUCUGCGUGGCGAGGACUCGGCACCAAUCGAUAUGCCAACCGCCGACGAGGGCAACAUUAGCACAAUGGCUGACGGUGGCGAGGUGCCGACAUCGGAUGCUGGUGCCGCUGCAGAAGCUGAAAGAGCAGCCGAAGCUGGAUUCGCACCAGAUGCUGUUCUCGAAGGUGCAGCCGCAAGCAGAGAAGCAGAAGCAGAGGCAGCAGCCGCAGCAGCUGCUUCCAUCGACGAGAAGAAAAGAGGAGCAAGGAAGACGAGGGCACCGCCACGCCAUGUUGACGGCGAUACAGAGGGAACGAGCACCGAUGCCAUGGACGACAUACCACCGCCGCAAAAGAGACGUGUUCCACCCGAAGGCAUCGCAACCACAACAGCAACAACAUCAAACACUAAAAAGGCGGUGAAGAAAUCGAAGCCAACAGCAGCCGUGACUCCAAUGCAGAAGCGUUCGCGCCAAGCCAACGCUAACAAGAUCCAUAAGAUACACAAUGAUUUGCUCAUGGUAUACAUGCCAACCGCAAAGUGCUUGGGCAUUAAUUUGAACUACAACAAACCGGCUAGUUUUGAGAGCCCAGUUGCAGAACAGAACUGGCAUGAGAAGUCGCGCAAGGAAGCGCUCGAGCUGAAGAUGAAAUUGGAGUCUGCACAGAUCGAUCCCGAAUCCUUGCCCGAGCGCAUUGUAAUUGAGCCCGUGCGCAGUGAGAUACCCAAGCAGGAGGCUGCCCGAUUUAUAGAGGAGCUGAUCGACCAGGAGGAUGCCUUGUUUAUGGAACGCGACUUCAUUCAACUUUCGCAGCAGCUGCGAGAGUGUUUGGGAUUGCGUCGGGCCAAUGUGGGCCGCUGCCUGGAGAUACUCCAGCAGCUCAAGGAUGUUGAGCUAAAUAAAUUAAUGCUGUUGCGCAAUCCGGAAUGCGUAGAUAUCAUGCGUCGAUUGCGACGUUAUGUUGGCAACUUGGACCUGUGGAAAAUGGAUAAAAAUGAUGAGGAAGAAUUCAAAGAGAGGGCGACUAUUAUCCGGGAAGUGUCGACGGGCAUUUAUGAUACGUUCAAGACGCUCUUCAACACCGACACCGAUCCCGAGGAGAACUUCUGGAUUGAGUUCUGCGAGAAGGUGAAGGUCUACAAGGCCUACACGACCAGAAUCAAUGACAAUCUGCGCGUUACAAUGAGCCAGCGCAGCUACGAUAAUCUGGUUAAGACAAAGAAGGAGGCCGCCGUGGCAACGAAAUCUACGGAAGUUGCUCAAAACUAAACUGGCAAAUAAUAAUUUAAAGUUCGCCGUCUUAUUCUAGAAGUCUAAAUAAGUUAAUAUUAAGAUUAAAACCGCCGCCCGAGCGGGGGGCGAUAAUUGUGAAGUCUUGCAUCAUCCCAAAAACCUAGAAGCAUGAAACUGACACACAUCGGACAUACUGUUUUGCUUUUUGAGUAGCUAUACUCUUUAUAUAUAUAAACAUCUACGGGCGCUUAAAUCCAAUAUGAUUUAUAUAAACCAUUUUGCAAGCACUUCGUUUACGAGCUGCAUCAGCAAACCCACAACAGUUCUUAAAUACAAUUAAUAUAGUUUACAAUGUUGCACACAUAAUUAUGAAGAUAUGUGUUUUAUGAUUCAUUAAAGAAAAAUAAACUCUUGACGUAUUUAGCUGAAA